AUGAUUCUGAGGCGGACGCGUGAGCACAAUGGGCUUGCGGUGCCCGAGGCCAACGCCCGGUUCGCGGCGCUGACCACCGACUGGGCAGCACCGCACAUCGACCGCUACCUGGAGACGGCCAUGGGGCCUGAUCGGAGCGAGUUCCUCGACGUCUUCAAUGCCAUCAAGGCCUACACAUCGUCUGCUUCGCGCCAUGAGUAUGGCUCAGAGUGCUCGCUCGAUGACUGUGGCUACAACGCUUCCAUCGAGUCCAACAUGGCUGCCACGCCUGCCCGCAUCGCUGCCAAGACCGCCACUCUCGCCCCGCCGCAGUCCUCGCUUGCAUCGCAGCAGGCCGAGCGCGCUGGUCGAGCUGAACUCGCCGCGCUUCGUGCCGCCUCGCAUCUCGAUGGGGAAAGCGGUGGUGGCACCGGCGCCGGUGGAAAGACGCCCGGCACGGAUCAAGCCGGCGAUGAAUCGAUCGGCCUCGUCUCGCUCUACCAGAGGGACUUCCACGACUGGUCGGCCCGCGGUAUGGCGUCCAAGGUCCACCGCGAUCGCAAGCUCGAUUGGGGCGCGGACCAGGCGGCGCCGUUUGCCGCCACGCUGGAGCGGGCUGAUGAAGCCGAGUUCUUCAGGGCCACCAACUACACCUCGGUCUACCAGGAGACGCUCUCACUCCCGCGCGCUGCCGUUGUUGCCGCCUCGGACACGCUUCCGCCCGAGGAGAUUGUCCACUUUUACGCCGGCGACGUCCUCCGCGCCUCGCUUGUGGCCGACGUCGCCGAGUGGUACGCCGCGCUCUCAGAGCGGUCGCAGGACUCGUUCAAGGACGUCAUGCGGCGAUUCACCGACUUUCUGAAGCGGACCACGACGGCGGCCGGCCACGACUGGCGGACCUUUGCCUCGGGCGAGCGCUCCAAAAUGGCGGUCUCGCGCCAUGCCUACGAGUCGUCGCGCUCGUUGGUCAACGCCUCGGUCGGCCGCGAGCGCCCGAAGCUCAAGGCCGACCGCCUCGCCGCUGACGCCACCCGCCGCGCUAAUGCCGCCCGCCUCGACUCGGAGGCCGACGCCGCCGCCAUCCGCGCUGCUGCAGAAUCGGCCACUGGCGGUGCCACUUACACCAAGCCCACCAUCGACGCCCGCCGCGGCACCUCGCUUGCCUCCGAGGGCUACGGCCGCGUCGACGGGCCGUCAGCCCACCUGCUCGAUACCACCUACCAGCUCUCGUACGCCAACGACGACACCCGCCGCUCCAACCCACCGCUUCCGCUCAACUCGUACCACCACAAGCCGUCGUCCAUCCCCGACAUGAUCAUCGGCCAGAAGACCGACCACGACGCCCUGGUCUCGUCGUACAACAAGGCCUACGUCAACAAGCACCAACGCGCCCGCGAGUACCGCGCCAAGGCCGUCACCCAGACAAACCAGUGGAACGCGCAGACGUACAUGUAG